AUGGAUCUAACCCCUGAGGCUUUGGAAUCCGACCUAAAGGUCUCAGCUGUUGGGACACUCGUUGCGGGGCAAUGGUUUGCGCAAAAUGCCCGGGUUGAUCGAGUUGCCCAGGGGGAAUAUCCUGUCUUCCUAGUUACGGGUGGUCUCCUUGACAAGAACCCGGUGCCAUUCUUUUCGGCACUCUCUAUCUCCAAAUCUGCCUCUCAGAAUGUGAGCCGAUUGUUUGCCCAGUGGCUUCCAGAACGAUACAGCAUUCUUGUGGGCAUGCCCUUGGUGCGGGGAACAGUCACUGGCUCAGCAACAGGAAAAUUCGAGGGCGGUGUUCAUCCGGACGAUAUCAUUCAGGAGCUAUUCAAACCAUUUUUUGAGGAUCGAGAGAAUCUACAAGAUGGAAUUGAGAGCUGGACCGUCGAACGAAUCAUGUGA